AUGGAACCCUGGCCAAUAGUGGCCUGGGUCCUAAUGCUGACUUUCAUCGCUGAUUGGCUGAAAACUGCCGAAUCAAGAGACUUUACAGAAAAAGACAUCAUUUUCCUUCAUCCAUCAACUACUCCAUAUCCAGGAGGGUUUAAAUGCUUCACCUGUGAGAACGCAUCAGAUAACUAUCAGUGUAACCGCUGGGCGCCAGACCUCUACUGCCCUCGAGAAAGCAGAUAUUGCUUCACACACCACAAGAUGAAUUGGGAUGGGGAAACUGUUUCAGUGACAAAGAGUUGUGUAGCCCUGGAAGACUGUCUUUCCACUGGAUGUAGUAAUUAUGACCAUGAAGGAAACAGGGUGUGCACUGCUUGUUGUGAAGGGAACAUCUGUAAUAUGCCACUCCCUCAAAACGAGACAGAUGCCAUCUUUGCCACCACUUCACCUCUCAAUGGCAGCCACAGACCUUCCUCGAGUCGCAUGCUGUUCUCCUCUUUCUUCAUCCCUGCCUUCCUCAUCCUCUACCAUGCCUGAGAGAUGGACUGAUAAGCCAUUCAAUCAUGUUUUUUUAUUUGU